UCACAGAGAAUUCAUGCAUGCCAAAAACCUAUUGUACAAAGGAGACAGGAUACAUGUUAUUUUGCGGUCAUGACAGUUUUGAAUGGCAGAAGGGCCUUUGCAAUUUUGCUCGUUUUAUCAGUCAGCUGCGUUUUCAUCUUUUGUGAGUAUUUGAUAUAUUUUAUCGUAAUUCUUCAGUGCUCUUGGCCAGAGACAAAACAUGUGGAACGCGGGGAGGGUGUCCCGACUCUUAACGCGUUGUUCCUGUCGGAUACGCACCUCCUUGGAGCAAUCAGCGGACACUGGUUCGAUAAACUCAGAAGGGAAUGGCAGAUGGAAAGGGCCUUUCAGACAGCACUGUCGCUGCUGCAACCAGAAGUGGUUUUCAUUUUAGGGGACGUCUUCGAUGAGGGCAAGUGCAGCUCUGCCAAGCAGGACUGGGAGGAUGAUGUCCGGCGCUUUCAGUGGAUUUUCCGUCACCCUAACGACACAGAGUUGAUCGUCCUCAUUGGAAACCAUGACGUUGGCUUCCAUUUUGAGAUGAAUUGGGAAAAGCUACAGCGGUUUGAGAAGGUCUUCAAUGCCAACUCUGCCAGAAUCAUCACAAGGAAACGCGUUAACUUUCUGCUGGUGAACAGCGUGGCGAUGGAUGGGGACGGUUGCCCAAUCUGCGAUGCUGUUGAGAACGAGCUCUUCCGGCUGUCUGAAGCACUCAACUGCUCGAAGCGGUCAAAACCAAGGAAGAAGCACUGUAGUGACACGCCACCAUUUUCCUCCACACCACCCAUUAUCCUGCAGCAUUACCCUCUCUACCGCACCAGUGAUGUGAACUGCACAGGGCAUGACGCGGCUCCUCCAGAAAAGCGUCAUCUACAGUUCACCGAGCAGUAUGACGUGCUGUCUCAGGCGGCCUCUCACAAGUUACUGUGGUGGUUCCAGCCCUGGCUUAUCCUAAGUGGCCACACCCACAGUGGAUGUGAAGUCAUCCAUUGGGACAAGUACCUGGAAAUCAGCGUCCCCUCUUUCAGCUGGCGAAACAGAAAUGACCCCAGUUUCAUUCUGGGUACAUUCUCCUCGGCCAACUUCCUCCUGUCCAAGUGCUUCCUCCCAGAAGAGAGCAGUGUCAUAGCCAUCUAUUGUGCCUCUGGCAUGGCCGUGCCACUUCUGGUCCUGCUUCACUUCUACCUGUUCAAGGGUUCACUGUAGUUCACCAGCGCACUGGUCUGACCUCCCACGCCCAUACAUGUACUCUAUUACCACUCUAUUACCACUCUAUUAUACUUCUGCGUCGAAUCUACGCGGAGGUUAUGAUGUAACCGCGUUCCCGUACACCGUAGGCUAUGCAGAGUCUACUACACAUAGUUACAUUUCUGGGGAGGUGCACGUCAGGCUACGACGUAGGGAAUGCGGCUACGCGUAGGGUAGGCCGUAGCCUCUGCGUAGAUUCGACGCAGAAGUAUAAAUCAGGCUUAACCGGUUCAUUUACAGAAAUUUGUCAUCUGUAGUCCCUGGCCUAUGAUGUUUUGGCUAAGGGAAGAAACCAGAGGAGAACCCAGAACCUGGCUAGCCACUGUGUCGCCCGUAACAUGCAAGCAGUGCAAUCUGUACGAACUUGGACAGUGAUACAAUUUCUGUUAUCUGGGCUUUGUACUCCACCACAUCGGAUUUGAAAAUAAUUAAUAUGAGGUUAAAGUGUACUGUCAGCUUCAAUUUGAGGGUAUACACAUCCAUAUUGGGUGAUCUGUGUAGGAUUCACAGCCCUUUUUAUACAUCAAAAUGCUUAGCAUAACAUACAUUAUAGCCAUACAUACGUGCAGUACUCCUUGCAGGUGGGCAAAGGAAAAUCUCACCAAUAGCAGGGCAUGAGGAGCCAUGGGGCAAUUAUGUCUCAUGUAGCAUUAUGACUCAUCAGAUAUGGGCUUCAUUAAUAUACAUAACCAGCAUUUCGCCUUUUACAUGUAAUAUGUUUUUCUCCCUGUGCUGCUAAUGGAGCUGUAAAAUAAACUUUGUUGUGCAGCUGAUGAAGGCACCAGACGCUCACUACAGCCAUUGUAUAAUGAAAUAAAUUCAUGAAGAAAAUCAAGGCAAUGAAGUAAACUUGAAGCAAUACACAUUUGUUUCUGUUAUUACAGUCCAAAAUUAAUGUAAAGCUAGCACAGCAGAACUGUGGGCUAUAAUGUUAACGAUUAAAGCAAUGGAGAACAAAAUGCUUA